UAUCUAAAAUUUGAAAAGCAAAAAACUUCCCGCUUCGUCUGUGCGCUCCGGAUCUCUCUUUGAAUCACAUCAACUGAAUUUCUCUCCCGUAAUAGUGACAGAAAAAAGAUAUGGCCGUUGUUCUGCCCAGCUUUGAGGACAACACCGCUGCUCAAGACCCUCUGUUGCCAUGGCUUUUGUCCAUAAAAAAGGCACUGGAUGAGUGGUGUUCUGGAAACCAUUCUGUUACUACAGAUCUCGAUAAGCUCUUAUUAGAUUGUAUCACUACUUUCAAGCACCAUUCGCACUACAAAAACGACCUCAGAUUUCUCAAGAUUUGGCUUCUCUACUUGGAGGGCAAUAAAGAUUUUGAAAAGGUUUUCAAAGAAAUGGAGGAGACUGAGAUAUGUAUCGGUCACUCUUGUCUAUAUCAGUGGUAUGCGUUUUUUCUUGAAGCAAAAGGGUUGUGGCAGGAUGCUCAUAUGGUUUAUCAGAUGGGUAUUUCAAGGAAAGCGGAACCUCUUGAGCAGUUGAAGGAGGCACAAUCCCUAUUUCUUGAUAGAAUGUCUGAAAGACUUGAUGCUUCUUCACUUCAGAAGAUUGAUGAAUCCAUCGAGUCUGGAAAAAGUACUAUUAACCCAUGGGCUAUCUGCACCGUCAAAGAUCUACUUAAGAAGAUAAAUCCUCAAAUGAUAAAAUACGAUGGUUACCAUCCAAGUAACAAAGCUUACCCAGGAAAGGUAGCUUUAUCUUCUCUGAAUAAUUCGUCAAGGAAUAAAAUAAUUGAGAUAGGUGGAAAGAAGUACCAGAUCAAGGGUUGUGCAGGUCAGGGUGGCUUUGCUAAAGUAUUUAAAGCUUGUGUCAACAGUAAUCCUGAUGAUGUUGUGGCUUUAAAGAUACAAAAGCCUGCUUUCCCUUGGGAGUUUUACAUGUAUCGGCAGCUUGAUCAGCGCAUCUCAGACAAGGAAAGGUCAAACUUCGGUUUUGCACACAGAAUUCAUCUUUAUUCAGACUACAGCAUACUUGUUUGUGACUAUCUGCCCCAAGGGACUCUCCAGGAUGCCAUAAAUUCUUAUGUUGUUAUUGGCAAGUCCAUGGAAGAGGUUUUAUGCAUUUAUUACACCACAGAGAUGCUCUGUAUCCUGGAAUCUUUGCACAAUGUAGGCAUCAUUCACGGUGAUUUCAAGCCUGAUAAUCUGCUUAUUCGCUAUGCAAGGGAUGAACUUACAUUGCACGAGUUUCAUGACCGGACUGGCCCUUGGCAUGAUCAGGGACUUUGCCUUGUUGAUUGGGGAAGGGGAAUAGACCUGCAUCUUUUUCCUAAAAACACAGAAUUUGAGGGAGAUUGUCGUACUUCUGGCUUUCGCUGUGUAGAAAUGCAAGAGAAGAAGCCAUGGACAUUUCAGGUAGACACAUAUGGCUUGUGUGUUGUUGUUCACAUGAUGCUGCACGGCUCUUAUAUGGAAGUUGAAAAGAAAGCAUCAUCAGACGGUAGCUUCAUUUAUCUACCAAAGUCAUCGUUCAGACGAUAUUGGAAUGUUGAACUAUGGAAGAAUCUCUUCUCAAAGCUACUUAACAUGAGCCCUGGCCGUGACAAAAAAGUUUUGCAGGAAUUGAGGAAGUCCUUCCAGGAUUACAUGAUUUCUAAUACUGAGCAUAUAAAGAAACUUAAAGAGUUACUGGCAAGGCAGAAGGCUUCCUUGUGUUCUGCUUAAUCAUCUUUCAGCUUCCAUUUCAUGGUAUUAUUACUCUUUCACCUAUUCAGAAGCUGAAGCGCCGCAUUUCAAUUUUUUAUCUGAAUAUACAUGUGCAUUCUUGGAACUCCUUUUAAUCGCUAAUUGUAAAACAUGUUAUCUAAAAUUUAUGCUAAGUGAACAAAUAAUGUAGGAGAAGUUGUAACCUCAUUUAUGUGUCUGACCAAGAUUUCUUUUUGAGUUUUUGUACAUGAAACUGACAUACCAUCCUCCUGAAUGUAGGUUGGUUUGUAUCGAUUGUUUUAUCGUAAAUUCUAUUCACUGC